UAGUGGUAUGGUAGUAGUAGUUAGAACUUACAAGAAAGAGAAAGCAACUUGAUAUUAUUUCUCUAUAUAUAUAACUAGGAGGAGAAAUAUACCAAUUACCAUUGACAAAAUUGUUAGCAAUGGCGAAGCCGUUUAGCUCCACUUUCAUCAUCUCUUCACUAUUAAUUGCGCUAUUGAUUAUCUCCGGCGAAGCUUCCGGCGACUUCGACAUGAGUGGAUGGAUUCCGAUGAAAGCCACAGAUAGCUGUGACGGUACGAUAGCAGAGUGCAUGGCCGCCGGUGAAUUCGAAAUGGAUUCAGAGAGCAACCGGCGCAUUUUAGCAACUGAUGAUUACAUAAGCUAUGGUGCUCUGCAGAGAAACACUGUACCCUGUUCUAGAAGAGGUGCUUCCUAUUAUAACUGCCAAACAGGUGCUGAAGCUAAUCCUUAUACCCGUGGCUGCAGUGCUAUUACUCGUUGCCGGAGUUAAUGGUUAUAUCGAUUUGUGUAAAUCGUUUUUAUGAUUUAUCUGCUCUUUGUUGAUUAAUUAGUAUGUAAUUGUUUGAUUUUACUGUUUUUGGUUAGAAUAAAUCUUGUAUGCGUAUGAAAAUCCUGUGUUUAUAGUUUAUAUAUAGUGUUUUUUUUUCAGUUGCUUUCAAUAAAGUGAUAGUGAUCAUGUAUUUCUGUUUAAUGCAAUUUUCAUUAGUAGACUUGUUAAGUUCA